AUGGCCGCCGAAGCAUUGAAAAUUUUUAUCGCUUUUUUCGUUUUUGGAAAUCUUAAAGAAAUUUAUUCUCAAUCGAACUAUCCGUUCAUUAAACAAUGCAAAUCCGACAAUAAAGAUUUAACGAGAUGUUUUCUCUCAACGAUGCAUCACAUUCGUCCUUUUUUGGCAAAAGGAAUUCCGGAAAUAAACGUGGCAUCAACGGAACCUUUUAAAAUCGACGAACUCAGCCUUUCUUUGACUACGGGUCCGAACGGGUAUAAAGUUACCUUACGGGACAUCGACGUUUUUGGCGUGAGCAAUUUCACGGCAACAUCUCUCAAAUUGGCCAACGGUAAGAAACCGUUCGAAACGAAAAUAGUUUUUCCAAAAUUAAGAAUCGCAUCGAGAUAUUCAUCGUCGGGCGUUUUGAUAAUAUUACCCGCGACCGGAAAUGGUACUUUUCACGGAGUUUUAGGUGACGUCACAACCGUAUGCAGAGGUUACGUGAGCAUAAAAAAACGUAACGGAGUCGAUUACAUGAGAAUCGAUUCAAUGGAUUUGGAUAUGGAUGUGAAAACUGUUAGAAUGAUGGUUAAAAAAGUACACAACAGCAAUAAAAUUUUGACCGAAGCGACAAAUCUUUUCUUGAAAGAAAACGGUCACGAAGUACUUAAAGCAAUGACGCCACAACUUCGUAAAAAACUCGCAUCCUUUUUCUUACAAAUAGCCAAUAACGUUUUCGAGAAUGUUCCAUUGAAUAAUUUUUACCAAAAGGUUUGA